GAAGUAUACUUCUUAGGUAUUUGAAUUCGCGUUAGUUGAUAAGGUAGGCUGAUAAGACAUAUUAUGUGAUAUCAUAUUAUAUCAAUUAUUUUGAAUGAUUUGAUAAGAUACAAUACCAUGUGAAUAUGUGAUAGGAUAAAUUAAUUAUUAUGUUUAGAGUAAUUUGUUAUAAUUGUUAAAUUAAUUUGUUAAUAUAUAUUUUGUAACUUGUGACUUUGUGAGAGACAAGAUUGGGAUCAAUAAACAUUGAAUGUUGUUUCUCACUUUUACAGGAGAAACGUUUCAGUUUAUUAUACUAAUCUUGCCCCAGAGUGACAAUAAUUAAAAUAUAUUAUUAUAAAACAACAUUCUCGUUUAAAGAGAAAAAGAAACAAUGGAAAAAUUGAAGUUUGAAUUUAAAAUGAGAGGUAGUACAGAUGGAAAAACAAAUAUACUCUGCAUAACCUCAAUUGAAACUCCAGAUGAGAGGAAGUUUAUUUUGCCUGAUGAAUUACAACAGGCAUCAUUACAUACAGUGAUAUCAAACAAUGAAAUAUUUUCAAAAGUGAAAAAAAGUAUAACAAAAAGAAAUCAAUUUAGGAAAAUCUGGAUGACGGUUACUGAUAAAAUUAGAGAAGUCUACCUCGAUGAAGAGGAAAAUUUACAAUUCAGAGAUUAUUACUUAGAAGAAUUAACAAUAGAUAAUAAUACUACGAAUGAGUCUGCACAAACAACGACAUUGGAAAAAUUAGUAGAAAAAUUAAUUGAAAGUAAUCGAAAGUCAGAUGAAAAACCUAUUGAAAAAAUUGCAAAAGAGUUAACUAUAAAUAAGUUUAACAAUAAAACACAAAACGCUAGUCAAUGGUUGAAUGAAUUUGAAGAUGAAUGCAACAGAUUCAAUGUGACACAAGAUGAGAAAAAAAUUAAAUUAUUGAAGCUUUUCCUAGAAAAAUCAUGUAUAGAUUGGUAUGAAUGUGUCUUAAUAAAACUAACUAUUAACUCACAAUGGUUGGACUGGAAAAAAAGAUUCUGUGACACUUUUGCUAAUAAAGGAUGGAAUCCAAUCAGGUAUGCAAUUAAUUUUAAAUAUCAAACAGGAUCACUAAUAGAAUACGCAUUAAGAAAAGAAAAGUUGAUGUUAGAAACAAGGAAAAGUAUUGAUGUGAGUACACUGAUUGAUUUAAUUGCAGUAGGUCUACCCAACUAUGUAACCGAUAAAAUUGAUAGAAACACUUUAAUUGAAACAGAGGAUCUAUAUAAUGAAUUGGGUAAGUUAGAACACCUAACAAAUAAAAAAAAACCAGAUAUACCUAAAAAAGUAAAUGAACAAGGAUUUAAAUUAAAAACACCAUGUACAAUUUGUAAAGAAAAAUUAAACAAAGUUCGUUUUCAUCCAUUAGAAAGUUGUUGGUAUAAAGAUGCGCAAGAAAAAGAGAAAAAAAUAAACAAUUCUUUUAUAGCCAUAGAAACAGAUGAACAAAAUCCAAAAAACUAGUAUACACACCAUUGAUUGAAUUAAAAGUUACAAUAUGUAAAAAAUUUGUUA